UAUUGUAAAUAAUAGCAUUUAUGUAAAUUGUGAUAUGUUAUUUUUAUGCCAGUACCAAAAAUAAAAGUCUAGUCAUGAUAUAAUUGUAAUUCUAAUAUUUGAGUAUUUUUGAGUAUUUAGCUGAUCUUCUUUAAUUGUCUACAUUAACCAAUCAGAGUGCGGCGUUUAGUCGCGCGAUGUUUUGACUACGUCAUUUUAACUGUCAGCUGUCAACAAGUUUGUAAAUACCGCAAUCAAUGUUUUUUAUAAGUUGGAACUUUUCGUAAAAAAGCGUUACCAUGCCAAAACGCAAACAUCCUGUGGAGACAAGCGAAAGUACUAGAGCAAAACGUAAACCUCAGGCUGAACCAAUCGAUUACCAAAGACUUGCGCAAGAAAUUGUUAAAUUGCAAAAUCCCAACUCUGAUGCUUCAAGUAGUACAGUGGUACCCCUAGAAAAUGCUGCAUGUGCUACAUAUGCAAACACCGUCAAUGAGUUACCUGCACCAACGACUACUUCUUCCUCUAUGCAAGAUAACCCUAUAUUGUCAGUAGUGUCUCAACUUUUAGAAAACACAGGUGAGCCAGUAGGCACAAACAAAGGUUUAUUCAAUGCUGAUAACCUUAUCUCUGUAACAGAGGGUAUUCCUCUUGGUGCAACAAUACCACAAAAGAUAAAGGCAAAAAUUUGGUCAAAUGAAUUUUUUGAUUUAAGAGUACUAUUGUCGCACCAAGAUGAAGAACCUCUUACGCUGUGCAUUACUCCGGGGGUCAUUAAUGUGCAGCAUAGUUUAAAAUCAAAAACCCCCAUGUUCAUCAGUCAGUGGACUGAUGCCUUUCUUAUCUUUAUUAACAUUAGAAUUCAGAAACACCCAUCAGAAGCUCCCCAUUUAUUAAAAUACAUGAGCUUUAUUAGAGAAAUGCAAAGACUGCAUGGUGAUGUUGCUUGGAGAACGUAUGACGAAUCUUUCAGAAAGCUUAGGGAGUCUUUGGCUGUAGAUUGGCAAAAACCUAUUGAAGAAUUAAGAGGUAAAUGUAUUGCCAUGUCCAACAAACAAAAUUUUGGACAGCCCUUUCGUGGUAAACAACCGGGCAAAGUCCGCUUCUGCUUUGCCUACAAUCAGGGUGGAAAAUGUAAACUCUUCCCAUGCCCAUACUCCCAUUCCUGUCAAUUGUGCAAUGGUAACCACCCAAAGCACAAAUGCUCAUCCUCUACCCAGCGAACACGGGAGGCUAGAAAUUACAACUCCAGUAAAUUGGGACAAACUAAAUAAAGAAUUAGAUGGGUAUGAUCAAGAUCUAAGAUCUUACUUAGUGAAUGGGUUUAAGAAUGGUUUCUCCAUAGGUUGUGUUUCUACGCCCAAUGCCCCCUUUCCAAAAAAUCAUAGUUCUGCUUUGAAACAUAGUAAUGUUAUUCAGGAUCACAUACGCAAAGGUUUAUCUUUGAAAAGAAUUGCUGGACCCUAUGCAACUCCACCUUAUUCUCAAUUUGUCUCAUCUCCUCUAGGCGUAGUUCCUAAGUCGGAACCAGGAAAAUUUAGAGUUAUUCAUGAUC